CAGACACAACAACCACAGCAACAGGGACAGCCAAAGAUUUGCGACCACUGUCGCCGUCGUCAAAUUAAAUGCGUCGCAGCUCAGGGUGCCACACAAUGCUCACACUGCGAGUCAAAGGGACUCAAGUGUACGUACACUGAGAGCCCCUCUAAUCCAAUUUUGAAGAGAAACAUGGGUGUUAUUCAAGAGGAUCAACAGUCCAAUAAGCGGCCGAGACCGUCUAGUGUAUUCUCUAUAUCUCAACAACAACAACAGUUCAAAAAACACCAACAAAAUCCCGUGUUACAAUACCCAAGGUCAUCGUUCUUUGUGGGCUCUUCAUCGUCCUACGACUCUUCUCUGUUGGACAAGAUUAAAUUGGACAAGAUUGAUCAAGUGCAACUAUCUAGGACUUUGUCUCUGAGGAAAGUGUCCUCUAAUGUUCAAUUUAUUCUGAGAGACGAUUUUACAGAUCUAUUGGCACAAGAAGCUGAAAGACAAGUUGAUGAAGUUGAAAGCCUUGUUACUCCACAUGGAAUGGCGCUAAUACAUCUCUACUUCAAAGUGAUUCACCCUGCUUUCCCCAUUUUGCACAAGAAGGUGUUUCUAGAGAAGUAUGCACGCUCUUAUCGUGAGUUCUCUGCACCUCUAUUGGCCACUGUGUAUUCCCUCGCUUGUAAAUGGUGGGAUUUUGACCCGAUGUUGGCGCAACAUCAGAGACCAAAUAUCGAUGCGUUGAAUGAAAUCGCCAUACGGACAUUUUCAGAAGUUACAGAAAGACCAAGGCUGAGUGCAGUACAAGCAGGAUUGCUGUUAUUACAAUGCAGGUCAGAAUCAUCAACCAAUUGGAUAUUGUGUCAGCAGGUUGUUUCACUAGCGGAGGAAUUAGGUCUUGGAUUGGAUUGCCACGACUGGAAAUUACCGAAAUGGGAACGUGGGUUACGUCGUCGUCUUGCUUGGGCUGUUUGGAUCCAGGAAAAAUGGACUGCAUUGACAGAAUCGAGGGUUUCACACUUCACGUUGGGUCGAAAUUGGAUAGUAAGAAAUAUAGCAAACGAAGAUUUCCCAGAGUUACCACAAGUGAAGAUGAAUACAAUGACACCAGAUGAGUAUAACAAGAUGUUGAGUGAACACGAAGUUGGUAAAAACCUAUUCAAAGGUACCAUUGAGUUGAGCAUGAUACUCAGUGAAAUUCUCGAGAACUUUUACACCUAUUCGUUUACGCAUUCGAGCGUGGCCACUGAACAAGUUUUAAAACAGGCAAAACCUUUGCAAUUGAAAUUGAGACAAUGGUACCAAUCGUUGCCCCAAAAUUUACAAAUGACUCCCGUCUCGAACGACAGGCUGUGCCCGGUUGCAGGUCUCCAUUUACAAUAUUUCAUUACCGAGAUUACCCUUCACAGAAAGAUUAUACUGGCGUUAUCGUCUGAAGAUUCGCCUGAGCUGAUAAAAGUUUGCAGGGCUGCAGCAACCACAAGACUUGUUGCCGUUUUAGAAUUUAUGAAGAAUUUGAAAACUGAGCAUAUCAAGUCCUUUUGGCAUUCUUCAACGUGCAUUAAUUUCAGCAUUGUUGGUACAUUUGCCGCAAUCUUGUACGCUACAAGCUCUACACCACAGGAGUCCAACAUGUACAGAGACUACGCUAAUAAUUUCAAAGUGCUGCUACAAAACAUUGGCCGAUUCUUUAUCCCUGCCAGAGCCGCAGCACAGAAAGUUGAUAUGCUCCUUUCUCAAAUACCCGGGCUAUUAAGAGAC